AUGAGCUGCCAAGCCUUUGCUUCCUCAGACACCUUUGUGCCCUUGAAUUCUGACUCUUCUCACUCUCUGCCUCUGAUAAUGCAUCACAGCGCUGCAGAGUGCCUGCAGGUCUCCAACCAUGCCACCAAUGUUGUGUCUACAGUGCCAUCUGUUUUCUCUUUGCUCCCGACUCGUGCGUGCUCGCGCGUUGGCUUUGCCGCGACGACGCCGGGACGCCCUUGGCCAGGCCUUCACUACUCCGUGCCCUCCUGCCACUAUGGGAAUCAGCCUUCCACCUACGGGGUGAUGGCAGGCAUCAAGCCUGCAACUCCAGAGAUGCUCUCAGCAAGUCUCUCCCAGACUCGCAUCUUACAGACGUGCAGCAUGCCCCACCCCAACGUGGUAAAUGGUGUCAGCACCUUGCAAAGUGGUCUGACCCCCUGCCUGUACAAGUUCCCCGAGCACGCGCUGAGUGCCAGCCCCUGUGCCCUGGGCCACGGCUUCGCGCCCGUGCCCCAGCCCCUGCUCACGGACGACGCCUCUGCCACCGACUUCAAGCAGGAGUUCCGCAGGAAAAGCAAGUCUGUGGAGGAGCCUGUGGACAUGGACUCCCCCGAAAUCAGGGAGCUGGAGAAAUUUGCCAACGAGUUUAAGCUGCGGAGAAUCAAGCUGGGUUAUACACAAACCAACGUUGGAGAAGCGCUGGCUGCUGUGCACGGCUCUGAGUUCAGCCAGACGACGAUUUGCCGGUUUGAGAACUUGCAGCUGAGCUUCAAGAACGCCUGCAAACUGAAAUCCAUCCUGUCCAAGUGGCUGGAGGAAGCUGAACAAGUGGGAGCUUUGUACAAUGAAAAAGUUGGAGUGAAUGAACGGAAGAGGAAGCGCAGAACCACCAUAAGCAUCGCUGCCAAAGAAGCCCUAGAGAGGCACUUUGGAGAACAAAGCAAGCCCUCUUCUCAGGAAAUUAUGAGGAUGGCUGAGGGGCUCAAUCUUGAGAAAGAAGUCGUGAGAGUUUGGUUUUGCAACAGAAGACAAAGGGAAAAAAGAGUGAAGACCAGUUUACACCAGAAUGCCUUCAGUUCUAUUAUCAAGGAGCACCAUGAAUGCCGGUGAAGCUUUUCCACGUACAGGUGUGGAUUUCUGUUUUGCUUCUUGUAAAUACUGUAAAUACUGUGUUGUUAAAAAACAAUAAAUAAAGAGAAAAAUCAGUAAACCACUCACUCCUCCUUCAAGCUACCAGCUUCAGAUGUAGUGUUUGUGGAAGACUCAAUUUUAAUGUAAAAGGUUGGAAACUAAAUCCUGUAGUGUCUGUUUAAAGAGCUGGAGGUCUCUGCAAGGAACCCAUCACACAUUGUUCAACUGGGAACGCUUCCCAAAUUUCACAGGCAGCUGCAGCUUCCCUGUGCUGUGCCUUUCCUGCCUCUGUGGUACCAGUUAAUGACUAAAUGUACGUGUGUUGUACGUUCAGAAAGGUUGCAAAGCUCGGUGUCAGCAGCUGUAGGAAGGAUUUUGCUGUCAUUAAGGCACUGUGAGCUCACCAGGACAGAGCUGCUCCUACCUGGGUGCUCUGUCCCAGCCCAACAUUUGACUGCCUUGAACUGGUGUCAAAUAGAAGUGGCUUGGAUAAUGGGUGCUGUCAAAGGUAAUUCUUGCUAAUUUGUUAUGUGCCUCAAAGUUUGGUUUGGGUAGGCUUAGCUAUAAAAGCAGGAAUACCAUUUAUCUGACCUAAAGACCUUGUGGCCUGAGGGGAAGAAAAAUAAUUAUCAGGGGUUUUAUUACAUUGGUCUUUCUCUGUGUUGUACUUUCUUCUGAUUAAAACCAUGUGUGGACAUACUUACACCAGAGAUGGUGUGUUAAGCUAAAAAGUAUACGAAAGAAGAAUUUAUUGCACUGCACAUUCCCUCUCUAUUAUACCCCACUAAUUGAAAAUAAUCCCUUAUUUGUCAUCCUCUAGCCUAGAGACAAUUGAGGGGGUAGGGUACCAAUGCCAGAGCUCCACCCAUCAGGCAGGCACUGAGAAAACUGAAUUAAUGACUGUAGUACUCACCAGGGAUAGAUUAUCCAGCCAUCUCAUCAGCCCUGCUCAUUGUUAUGGGAAUUAGUCCAUUACCAUAUAAGUAUUUUGACUGUUUUCCCAGGACUGAAAUUAAGUGAGUACAUGCAAGUAGCACUGGCCAGAUACAUUUUAUUUUUCCAUAAAACAAACCUGAUGAUUUAGAAAAUGUCUCUAUAAUAGGCCCACAGAAAGCCAAAGGAGUUUAAUGUUCAAGACCACUUAGGAGCAGCAUGUACAAGUUAAGUGCUCACUCUCUGGUGUACAUUAAAUUAUCUCUGAUACUUAUUACAGCGACCGUAAGUGUAUUCAGCAAUGGAAAUCAGGCUCCUGGAUUUCUAAAAAAACCCACCUUUUUAUGGAUGAAUGCACCACUCAAAGCCCUUAACUGAGAAGAAAACUUCAAUUUAAUUACUCAAAGGGAGAAACUGUGGCCAUGUACUCCCUUCAGGCUGCUCUCAUCACUAGCACAGCUGACCCACUACAGCAGAGACCAAGGUACAUACUUUUAUCCACAAGUUAUCAGCAAGUCAUGAGCUUUACAAAAAAAGUUCAGCUGAGAGGAUCAGCACUCAGCAAAGGUGGUGGCAUGCAUUGGUGAACCUUUCAUGUGAUGUGGUCAAAUGUUAUGUAUGUUGAAAUUACUAUCUGAUAUAUAAAAACUUUAUUUAUAUUCCAAAUUAUUUUCUUAAUCAUGAAAGGGUUCCUAGUCUUGCUAUCAGCCUGCACAUCCCAACCCCCUCAUCCAGUAAAGUAUCCCUAUACUUUUGGCACUCCAGGCAAUGGUUUGAAAUUUUGUUUUGGUAAUACUUUACUCAUUUUAGCUGUGUGUCAUCCUGAAGUAAUUUUAGAAUUCCCUAACACUUUGUUUCAAAGCAGCCUCACUGUAAUGUGGUGGUCUCUUGCCCCUCAAAAGUCUCACAAGUGAAAGCUAACUGCAGCAACAGAGUAAAAUGAAAUGAAAAGUGACACAGAACAAAAUCAUGUUUCAAAGGAAUGACAAAAGGCUGAGGGAAGCAGCCACCAUUUAAACACACCUACCAACCACCACAGAAAUACGAACAAAUUAGAAUUAUUUAAAGAAGAAAACCUGGAUGAAAUCAACUCCAACUGCUGCAGCUGGAGCCAUUACUUACAGAAAGUGGUAAUUCUUUUUUUUUUCUGUAAGAACAACUUAAUUACCAUCAAUUACUGUUGAUGGGGGAUGGUGGGGGGGAGAAAAAACUGCACAUAAGGCAGGAUUUCCAAGGAGCAGCUCUAUAAACCUGUAGGAAUUUAUUUGGCUAUUCAGCCAAGCUGGGCUGUACUGUUAUUCUUGAAGAUAUUUGUGGCGUUGAUUUCUUGCUCUCCUUUUCCCAUGGUAGUUUUAGGCAGGGUGUUACAACCAAACUAGAGAUCAAAACAAGGUAUCAUCACAAGGUAUAAAUCUGAGGUUCAGCUGUCUCUGAAGAGCCUGUGAUGUGCUGUGCCCUCAUGUGAGGGACACAACCAACAAAGCACAGCCUGAUCAGAGAUCUCUGCCAGACUUAAUGUGUGUGCAUCAACUGCUAUAGAGUCUGCUCAAUUAUGAACUGAACUAAAAGGCUGAAGGAGGCAGGCUGCUCACCUUCCUGCCUAAUAUAAGAACUAGGAGUAAAUAUGGGAAGAUGGAAAGCUUAAAACAAAAAAGGGGUGGUUUUUUAACAUGAUUGAGAAAAAAAAAUCUGUGGAAAAAAACAUGUGAGUGCCUGAAGCUCCUUUGUAUGGAGGAGUUCUCAGAUGAGAAAGCCACUUAAAGCUGGUGUGUGUAGAACUUGCACAUGACUCUGGAUGUAUUUUAUGUUAAAAAUAGAGGUUGGAAGAGUGUUAGGGGAGAAAGCAUCAUCUACACUCAUCGUGUUCUCAGUGCUCCCCUGGGAAUUGCUUCUGGGCACUCGAGGAGUAUGGGUGGAGCCAUUUUUAGGUGUGUGCACAACUAUGUCAUUGACCCCAGCUGGAGACUCAGAUCCAGCUCCUAUUUAGGUGCUAGCAAGGAUAAAGGAGGGUAAAGGACUUUUAAAUCACUCAAUGUGAUUUAAAAGGAGUUAAGUAGGGGGUGCAGCAUUUUUAGACUGAUCCAACAUAAUUACCAUAAUUGCAGACAUGCCUGCAAAACUACAGCACUUCUCUGCAAAGAAAGAUUUUUACACAGGGUACAGCUGCAGGAUUGAAAAGGUAACUUGUAACCAACCACGGGAUUGAUACUGGCACCAGCCCUAGUUCAGCAGUCCUAAUGGCACCAAAAGGCAACACCUUUUUCCUGUUCCUCAAAGGCCCAGAGGAAAGAACUCAUUAUGGAAUUAUUCCCAAUUUUGACAGUUAUUAAAAGGAUCAACUGCACACCUCAUUCAGAAAGGACAUAAGCCUUGGUGUUCAACCAAACCACAAUGAACCACUGCCAUUCUAUCCCUGUGUUCACAUUAUGAUUUCUCUUUCAAUACCACAGAGUACUACUUGGGCAUGAGGCUCCAGACAAGGGAAUGCAAACAAACAAGUCUUUACUGAAUAUUGAGUCAAAGGCCCACAAGCAACUAUGAUAAAUAUUACGCUGCUUUAUAGCUCAAGUCAAAGGAAUAUUUAUCAGAGCUCACAAAGAAAGCCCAGUAAGAGACAGAUGUGUAAGACUAACCCUACAGAGGACAAAGUCAUUGUGGAAUAAAAAGCCUUUUAUUAGAUUUUUACAAAAUAACUUGUAAAAAAAAAUCACCCCAUAUUGGAUAUAUGCAAUAUAUUAACUUACACAUUCCUACUCACUACCUGACAGAUUCAGUUUGUCCAUUAUUUCUAAGAAAGAGAAAGAAUACCUGCAAUUCUAGGCCUAAAACCUGAGGAAGGCUCUCCUAUGAAUUCUCUUUGCUGACUUCAGUCCUAAACAGUAGAUGGUGCAACAACAGUAGAUUCACUGAGGUUUCUGCUAUGCUUUGUCUAGCAGCAAAGUCUCUUUAUGAGGUUUGUUCCACCCUAGUUUUCCUGGUUUUGCAGUUGGGAGGUAUUUUGCUUUUCUGUUUUUAAAGCCAAGAUGACCGUUACUUCUUUUCAAAUGAGCAGCACCACUAAAUCAACACUGAGGGGUAAAUAUCUCCAGCAGAGUCAGGGCUGAGGAAUAUCACACCAUCUAGGAAGUAAUAACUGGGAACUGCAUUCUCAUUUUGACUAUUUCAAGUAUCAACAGUUCUUAUUCCUUAGCACAACGCAUAUUCCAUUUAAAGCUAGAGUUGUGUUGAUGCAGUUCAGAGACCAUAGAAAAACCUUCACAGAACCAGAACGCUUUUAUUAUAGUGUUUAGACAAGUAGUUAUCAUUUAUGAUCCAAAAUUGUUCUCAAAACUAAGAUUUAGAUUAAGUUUAUCAAUGUGAUCAGUUGCAUCUCAGCAAACAAUACAAUAUUAUGCAGUUAUCUUCCAUUAAGAAAUACUGUAAAAUAUAUACAAAUGUUGCUUCAGGCAAGUGUCCUUUUUGCAAGUGCACAAAUUGCAUUUCUGAAUGAGUGCAUCUCUCCAGCACUGAGUCCCAUCAAGUGUACAGAGGUCUCACCAAAGCAUUUUGUGAAACCAUCUUAAUAAUUAAGUUUACUCACCUUUCAAAGACUCAUUCUGAAAGAAAAUCACAAAGGUACAAGAUUUAUAUACAUAAAGGCACAGCAAUUCUGUUGAAACCAGCUAUGUUACAGUACGAUAGAGUUCAAUCAGUGCCUUUCAUGCAACAAAGUUCACUAAUAAAUGUAACUCCUCUUCCAUAAAAAUUAACUGCACUACAAGUGUAUCCUUCCCUUCUGGUAAGAAGAAUAACAAGCUAUUAUUUCAUCAGCUCAGAAGGAAUUUCAAAGAAAUGCAUAAAAUGCUUUUUCUUUCUGCCUAAAUUAGCUAGACUUUCAAAGCUAUUUCUCAUGGAAAAAAUAGUUUCCAACUAACAGCCAAGGCAAAGUUUCAUUUGUGCUAAGAGAUGAAAGAAUAAGAAUGUUUCUAUAAUGAUAGUUUUGUAAAAAUGAUAAAUAUUACAUAGGUGCUGUCCUAAGAAGCGGCAUGACCAGCCACAGAAUAGCCAGUUCUAGAGACAGAUCAGGAACUGAGACGGAAGAAAACUGAAUCCAAAGGACAGAUCUGGAUCAGGUGUAAGUGAAUUUACUGUUAGAGCUAUACCCCUGGUUGG